AUGGCGAGCAAGAUGGUGCUGUACAAGUUGGUGGUGCUUGGUGACGGUGGUGUGGGGAAAACAGCUUUGACAAUCCAAUUGUGCUUGCAGCACUUCGUCGAGACGUACGACCCGACCAUCGAAGACUCGUACCGCAAACAGGUCGUCAUAGAUAACCAGGCUUGCAUGCUAGAAGUAUUGGACACGGCAGGCCAGGAGGAGUACACAGCUUUGCGCGACCAGUGGAUUCGAGACGGAGAGGGCUUUGUCCUAGUCUACAGCAUCUCAUCACGGUCGUCUUUUUCCCGCAUCAAACGGUUCCACCAUCAGAUCCAACGAGUGAAAGAGUCCACGGCCUCGUCGCCAUCAUUCCCUGGUUCGCCACUGUCCGCCAUGAACCCGCAGGCACCCGUGCCUGUCAUGCUGGUUGGCAAUAAGAGCGAUCGUGUGACCGAACGCGAAGUUUCGACGCAGGAAGGUCAUGCCCUCGCUCGCGAACUGGGCUGUGAGUUUGUUGAAGCAUCAGCUAAGAACUGCAUCAAUGUGGAGAAGGCCUUUUACGAUGUUGUGCGCAUCUUGCGCCAGCAGCGCCAACAGGCCGCGCGCCCACCACCUCCUACUGGUAGCAACCGCCGACCGCAAGGUAGCGAGAGCAGCUCUCGGCGGUCUGACUCGGACCGUUACCGAAGAAAACCCGGCAACCGGUGUGUCAUCUUAUAA